UCUAAUGGCGGCCAUGUGAGUAAACGUCAAGUGACGAACAGAACUCUAAAAACUAAGCCAAAAAAGUCAGUUUUCAAAGCGAUAUGGGAUCUUCCAAGAAGCACAAAGAAAAGGAUAGAGAUAGGGAUCGUGAAAGGAAGCGUGAUAGAGAAAAAAGACACGAUAAAGAUAAACAUAAACAGAGAAGAAGAUCUCGGUCUCCACGCGAUCGGGAUGAACGUUAUGAAAGAAGAAAAGAGGACGUAGACAGCGAGACAGAAAGAAAGAAAUCAAGGGGUGUUUAUGAUGAUGAUGAUGAUGAUGGUUUAUUACAGUAUGCAAUGGAAGAGUCGACAAGAGAGGAAAUGAUAUCAGAACCUCCAUCAAAUCAAAGGGCUGGUGGUGAUGUCUCCCUCAGCAUUGAAGAAACCAAUAAAAUGAGAAUAAAACUUGGAUUGAAGCCACUUCAAGUUGAUGACAGUUCUGACAAAUCAGAAGAGAAAAAGACCUCACUUUUAGAUGAUGUUCAUGUCCCAGCUAUUAAUAUCAGAGAAAAAGAAGAACAAGAAAAAAUGAGAAGGAAACUUGAGGAAAUAAGAGAAAAAAGAAAACUUUACAAAAAGCUGAACAAAGUCAAAGUUCUUGGUGAUAGCGACAGUGAUGAUGAAAGUGCUGCAAGUUGGGUAGUAAAAAGUAGACAAAAAGAAAAGGAAAAAGAGAUGGCAGCAAAAAGGGCUCAAAUGCUGGCAGAGAUGGAUGAAGAAUUUGGGAUUGGUGAAUUAAUAAAUGAGGAAUUUGGUCCUAAAUCAAAGUCAUAUUCAUCUAAAGAUCUCAGAGGACUAAAGGUGGAGCAUGAUCAAACAACCUUCAAGGAGGGAGUAACAACAAUACUUACUUUAAAAGACCAAGGUGUUCUGGAUGAAGAGGAUGAAGUACUAUAUAAUAUCAACAUAGAAGAUAAAGAAAAGGCUGAAAAAAACAUUGAAAAGAGAAAAAAGAAGUCAGAUUAUCAACCGUACGAUGAAUCAGAUGAAAAUGAAAUGUUUAAAAUGAAAGGAGUUUUAGAAAAAUAUGAUGAAGAAAUCGAAGGAGCAACCAAAAAAUCUUUCGUGCUUGAGUCUGGAGGUAAAUUUGAUGCCAGCAAAGAGGAUGAUCUAGAAACGAUGAAAGCAAAGUUAAGAAAACAAAUGGUUUCCCUCGAAAUGGAAAGACCAAAGGUGGCUUCAGAAUACUACACUGAAGAAGAAAUGGUUAAGUUCAAAAAACCCAAGAAGAAAAGAAAAGUCAGGAAAAGAGAAGUAUUGAAGGCUGAUGAUUUGGAGACCAUCACAACAGGUUCAAUGACAGGGGCUGGUGAUCAUGGUUCACGGAAAAUGAAGUCCAGAUCAAGAGGUGCUGACAGUGAGAACUAUGGAGAAGAAAGCAUGGAGAUAGCACCAAUAGAGCCAAGCAAUGAAGAAAACUUUUACAAUCCAGAAAUCCAAGAUGAUCAUGACAUUGUUUUAGAAGAUGACGAUGCUCAGCUGGAACUAGAGAUUGCACUGCAAAGGUCUCGAAGAGCAAAAGUGAAAAAAGAUCUGUCGGGAGCAGAUAAGGUAGCACAAGUCCUGGCUACUGCUUCAAGACAAGAGACAUCAGACGAUACACAAGGAGCAUCUAUUGUUAUUGAUUCAACGUCAGAGUUUUGCCGGACACUUGGAGAAAUCCCAACAUAUGGAUUGUCAGGGAAUCGUGAAGAAGAGGAAGAGGAAGACGCUGAAGCUGAGAUGGACAUCGACAAGGAACAUGAACCCCAAGGGGGGUGGGAGUGGGUCAAAGCACAAGAUGACAAGAAAAACCAGAAUGCAGAACAACUAGAAGAGGAUAGCCAUGUUCUUGAUGAGGAACCAGUCGUUGGGUCUGGAAUUGCAGCUGCUUUACAGCUAGCAACCAAGAAAGGCCUUCUGAAUCCCCAGGGAAAGCGAAAACGUGAAGAAAAGUUCGUAGCAGAGCUGCCAUCUGUUGGUGUCAUCGAUGAAGAUAAAAUGAGAGGAGACGACAAAGACAGAAGUCGAUCUGGAAGGGACAGAGAGCGUGACCGUGACUAUGACAGAGAUAGAGACAGGUAUCGAGUGGAAAAGGAUGGAUAUAAACCUAACAUCAAACUGGAUUACGUAGAUGAACAUGGACGACAAAUGACACCUAAAGAGGCUUUCCGUUAUCUGUCACAUCGUUUCCAUGGAAAAAUGCCGGCAAAGCUGAAGACAGAGAAACGAUCCAAGAAAAUCCAAGAGGAAGUCUCGAUGCAGAAAAUGAGCUCAGUAGAUACUCCCCUCAACACGGCUGCUCUGCUCAAGGAGAAACAGAAAGAAUCACAGUCUCCUUACCUUAUCCUCAGCGGCGGUGGAAAUACAUUAUCUGCAGGCACGACUAUUUCAAAAAAGAAGUAAUGACGGCUCAUCCAACCCAUCCACAGUAGCGAGAAACAGCUGAAAGGUUCUGCUGCAGGCUCACGUGGAUUGAAUAGCGGUUAAUUAUUGGACCCAUUCCACUCUCACCUUGAAGACAAACACGCCUCUCAACUUUUAUUAWAUAUACUUUGUUCAAAUAGCUAAACACUGAAUGAAUAAAAUGUAGUUUGUUA